GCAGGAGGGCUUCUUGGUGGGCGUAAUUUUUUCCGUGUGGGCAGAGCUCAAAGAGCGGAGCCUCAAAGGGCGACACCACCCUCUGAAGCUGUUAACGUACGAUAACCUUGUGCUAUUAUCGCCACCCGACAAAUUGUUUUCUUCGUGAGACGUUCAAAGCUCGGUGCCUGUCAGACAUGGCUGCCCAGUGUGUAACUAAGGUGGAGCUGACUGUGUCCUGUGAGAAUCUGCUGGAUAAGGACAUCGGCUCCAAGUCCGACCCUCUGUGUGUCCUGUUAAUGAGCAGCGCUGAUUCCCAGUGGUAUGAGGUGGCACGCACAGAGAAAGUCCAGAAUUGCCUCAGCCCAAAGUUUGCAAAAAAGUUUGUCAUCGACUACUACUUUGAAAUAGUGCAGAAACUGAAGUUUGGGAUUUAUGACAUCGACAACAAAACUAUUGACCUGAGUGACGAUGACUUCCUGGGGCAACUGGAGUGCACCUUGGGCCAGGUUGUGUCGAGUAAAAAACUGACCCGGCCUCUUGUCUUGAAGAACAAGACCCCUGCAGGGAAAGGGACCAUCACAAUCAGUGCGGAAGAAAUAAGCGAUAACAGGGUGGCAAAUUUUGAAGUUGAAGCAAGGAAGCUAGAUAACAAGGAUUUCUUCGGGAAGUCCGACCCUUACCUGGAAUUCUACAAGCAGACAGCGACUGGAUGGCAGCUGGCUCACAGGACCGAGGUGGUGAACAACAACUUGAAUCCAACAUGGAAGCCCUUCCGGAUCCCCCUGCAGUCUCUCUGUGGAGGAGACAUGGAGAAGCCUAUAAAGGUUGAGUGUUACGACUAUGACAACGAUGGCUCGCAUGAUCUUAUUGGAACCUUUGAGACCACAAUGACACGCCUCCAACAAGCAUCACGAACAUCUCCGGCAGAGUUUGAAUGUAUCAACAGUAAAAAGAAACAAAAGAAGAAAGGCUACAAGAACUCUGGCGUUGUGAGCGUGAAGCUGUGCCAGGUGGUGAAGGAGUAUUCCUUCCUGGAUUAUAUAAUGGGAGGCUGUCAAAUCAACUUCACUGUGGCUAUCGACUUCACAGGAUCCAACGGGGAUCCCAGGACUCCUCAGUCUCUGCAUUACAUAAGUCCUCAGGGCGUCAACGAGUACCUCACUGCUAUCUGGUCCGUCGGCAAUGUCAUCCAGGACUAUGACAGUGAUAAGAUGUUUCCUGCCUUUGGCUUCGGAGCCCAAAUCCCUCCCUCAUGGCAGGUUUCCCAUGAGUUUCCUCUUAAUUUCAACCCAUCAAAUCCAUUUUGUACAGGCAUUGAAGGUGUGGUGGAGGCCUACAGGGUGUGUCUGCCCCAGGUCAAACUCUACGGUCCCACCAACUUCUCCCCUAUCAUCAACCACGUGGCCUGCUUUGCAAAGCAAGCUCUCCAGCAGACCACCGCAUCACAAUACUUUGUUCUGCUGAUCAUCACUGACGGAGUGAUCACAGACAUGGAUGACACACGCAACGCCAUUGUCAACGCCUCUCGUCUGCCCAUGUCGAUCAUCAUUGUCGGAGUAGGAGGGGCAGACUUCACUGCCAUGGAGUUCCUGGAUGGAGACGAUGGACGUCUGCGCUCUCAGACUGGCGAGGCCGCCAUGCGGGACAUCGUGCAGUUUGUGCCAUUCAGGCAGUUCCAAAAUGGUCCUCCAGAAGCACUGGCAAAGAGUGUGCUGGCAGAAGUACCAGGUCAGGUGGUGGACUUUUUCACUACCAUGAAGCUGAAUCCACCCAAAUCUAAUCCUGCACCAAACCCUGCAGAGACCAUCUGAUACUGCAGGGAAGAAACCAGACAUACUCCAACAUCAUCUCCUGGAGAUAUAAAGCAGAUCCCAGCUUAAUCUCAUCACACCAUUAACCAGAUGUUCUUUGUUCACUUUUCUAACUCAACCCUUUUUUUCCCCAGUAGCUUAAGGAAACACCAGCACAUAGCUUUGCCAAAGACGACCACCCAAUCCACACACAAAACAUCGCACAUUCACUUUAUUGACCAACUAGUGUUUUAAAGUGUCAAAAAUUGAUCUAGCUUUUGUUAGAUAUUAAAAUCCACUCAUUAAUUUUAGCCAUUAAUCAGUGCUACUGCUUUGUAGAAACAGAAAACAAACAUAAUCAUUCCAUCAUUUUUUAAAGGACUGCGCAGGGAAUUGCACUUUUAUUUUUUAUAAGAAUUCAUUGUUUCUGUAGCACUCAGUAACACAGGUUACCAUUUCAGAAACACAUUGCACUGGGUGUUAACCGACCUGCUGCUGUUUGCAUCAGAAGAGUUUAUUUUUAUGCCUGUUUGAUGGCUCCAGCAUCAAGUUACACUAGUUAAGCAAAACGCCUCAAUGAACGCAUGGGAAACUGGUAUAUCAAGUAUAUCACAUAGGUUAUAUGUUUAUACACCUCCCCUUAUAUUAGAUGUUUACACCCUCAGCAAAACAGCUGCAACACUACGAGCAGCAUAGUUACGUACAUGUAGCCGAGUAGCUUUGUAGUUACAGAAAAUAUAUCAGCGUUAAUGUUAACUGUUGCAUAUACUUCCCUAUGCACUCACCUAUAAUAACACCAUGUAUUCAAAGACUUAUAUUUGGUUAUUCUACUCAGUGAAAUGCCAAACUGUGUGUGUAGGUUACAAACCUUUUCAAACCCACAGCUCUUUAUACCUUCAGUAUGAAUCAAAUAUUGUGGUAACAACUAGAAAGUCGUCUGACUGUAGACGUGGUUGUUUUGUGCCAGUCUCAUCGUCUACCAUAAUGCCAACUAGUUUUGCUGACUUAUACUUCCACAUUUAGACACCGUUGAUAGUUCCCUGGAUAAGGACUAACAAGCACAAGACUAAGGAAGUGUAUUGUCACCAUGAUAUGACCAGUUUGGCUUAAUCUAGGUUUCAUAUCCAUUUCAUAAACUGGCCUCCAUAUAUGUAUCAGUAUUAAACAUGCUGUCACCUUAGAAACUAGAUGCAGUGCUGGUAAUUGAAAUCUAUGCAUAUUUACUGAAAGUGUGUCUAUUUCUGUUGUGUUCUCAUUGUUUUUACAUGUUUGUACAUUGAAAGCUUUAAACAUGUGUCUGAUGUAUCAUGUUGUAGCUUCAGUGCUCUAAUAGAAAUUAGUAACAUGCCUUAAGUGUAAACAUACAAAAGGUAGAUUAAGCUUGCUAAUAAA